AUGAUAUAAACUAAUAUUACAAGUCUUAUUCAAUAUAGACCUAAUUAGAUGUUCUCUCUUAAUUUCCUCAAAAUCUUAUCCAUGUUAUCUAUUUCAAUGAGUCAUUAUGGAAUUCUUAUUGGAUAAAAUGAUCGACAAAGUAUUAUCAAUAGCAAUUUUAUGAUAAUCAUGAUAAAUUCCUUAUAUGCUGUUGAUAUAUUCUUCCUUAUUUCAGGAUUUAUACUUGGAAGGAAACUAAUAAAUAAUCCAAAUUUUUUGUUAUCUCCUAUUCAAUCUAUUUUGAUGAUUAUAGAUAGAAUAAUAAGAAUAUAUCCCUUAUAUUGGAUUCUUCUGAUUAUUUACAUCAUAUUACCGAAAUUAUUCACUAAUAUUGGAUAUACUGAAACUUGUAUGGAUAAUAUUUUGCAUAUUAGUACUUUGACACAUAAUAUUUUUAAUAAAUUUGGUUGUUUUGAGUGGAGUUGGUACAUAGCUGUAGAAAUCUAAACAUUAAUAUUCUUGGGUAUAUCUAUUCCAACUAUACAUAUGAUUGUAAGUUUAUUUAUAAAAUUAUUUAGAGAUCCAUUUUUUUGAAAUCAAAAGUUAUUUCCAAUUAAAAUAGUAUUAAAGAUUUAUCAAAUUACAUCAUUAUUUUAAUUAUUACUAUAUUGCUAUAUAGUAUGAUUAUCUGUAUUGAAAAUAAUUACAAGAUUUCAUUUUAUGCUAUGACAGAUAAACACUUUUAUUAUAAUUUUUAUCAAAAACCUUAACAUAAAAUGUCAUCAUAUUUAAUAGGAUUACUUACUGGCAUAAAAUAUAAAAGAAAUUGUUUUGAAAAUGUAAAUUAUAAAAUAAUUUCACUUUUUGCAUUUUGUUUUUCAUUUUUAGGUUGGAUUCUCAUAAAAGAAUACUAAUUAUUUGUAGCAGAUUUAAUUUAAAAUAUUUAUUAAUGUUUAUCUAGACCAAUUUUAUGUUUAGGCAUUAUAUUUUCAGGAAUUUUAGAAGUAAAGUCCCAUAAAAUAAUUGAACAAAUAUUUUAGAUCUUUUCAAGACUUCUAUUUAGUAUUUAUUUAAGUCAUUAUUUUCUAUAUUAAAUAAUGAUAAAUCAAAAUUUUAUUCAAUUUGGAUUAGUCUUCAAUUUUAUUUGUAAUUUUUAUAAUAAUAAUAAUUAGUACAUACUUUAAUUAUAUAUGUUAUUUCAUUACUUUUACAUGUUUUUGUUGAAUAGAAUUUAAAUUUAUUGA